AGUGUUGAAUUUUUUUCUUUUUUUUCUUUUCUUUUCAAUGGGACUUUGAUUGAGUCAUCACAUGUGUGCACGUGUGGUGUCUUCAUCGCUGAGUUUUUUUCUUCCCCAAUUAUGCACCUCUUCAUAGGAAAGUAUCCCAAACGGAUUCUUCUUCGCAUACGGAUUACAUUGGAGACACCCAAACUAACCAUGGAAUUAUCAUCGUACAUGACUCUUGAUAAAGGGACAUUGUUACAUUCAAGGAGUGCAAUGAGGAUGGAUCCUAUGUGGUGUACGGGACUAUCGUGGCAGUGAACAAUAUAAUGACUCUGAUUGGUGGUAUUUAUUAUGUAGUUAAACCAAAUGGUGCAUGUAUUAUUGCGUGCAUUACUCAUGACGUGUGUUUAACGUCACCUUGAGGUAUCUUAUCACGCUCUCUGUUAAAGAUGAUUUUGGAACUAUGUUUGUCUUAUUUGACCAUGAGGCCUCCUGUAUUUUAAGUACACCAUGUGACCAAUUGAUGGAUAAAAGUGACGCAGUGGAAGUUUUGAGAGACCAAAGGAGUUUGAUGACCUUGGGAAGACCUAUCUUUUUAGGAUUGAGAGAUGCUGUGAUGUUGCCAUUAUGUGUUCAAUUCUUCCCCAAUUUGCUCAACGCAACAUCAAAUCCUGUUUUGCCUUUGAUUUCACAUGCUCAAUCUGGUCCUCAGCCUCCAUCGCCAAUGUCUUUGAAUUUCAGUUUAGAUGACAAUCAUUCAAUGCCUAAUGAGGACAUUGCGCUUGUCAAUCAUGUAAACACUGUUUCAUUGAUAUCUGAAUCUGGUCCCCAGCCUCCAUGGUCAAUGUCUUUGAAUUUUAGUUCAGAUGACAAUAAUUCAAUGCCUACUGAGAAUAAUGUAGCGGCCAAUGAAGAGAAUACUAUCUCAUUUAUUGAUAAAUAUCAGCUUCUAGUUCAUUCUCCAUCUGCUUUUCAACCUGCACCUGCAUCUACUACUUCCACCUCAUCAUCAAUGCCGUUUAGUAUGGAUGGGACAAGUUAUGAUUCAGAAGACACUGACUAUUCCAGUGGCACUCAUCCAGUGACAUCUGAUGAAGUAUUGUAUAUGUCCCCAGAUUUUGA